AUGUCCUACAGCCUCAGCGCCUGCUGUCAGUGGGGCUCGGCAGCCAGAGCAAACCCAGCCGGGGGCCGGCGUGGGCAGCUUGUGCCAGAGCCGGGCCGCCCCCCAUUUCUGCCAGGCAGCAUUGCCAGCCCCAGGUGUUCAAAAUCAGGAGUCAGGCUCACCAAAAAUCAUGAGCUUUUCCUGGACGAUGCCAAAGUGAAGAACUUCAUCACCUGUUUUAAAGAUAAGCAGUUCCUCGCCUUCUUCUUCAAACAACUGCAGCUGAACCGGAGUGGGCGCUACCAGGAUGCCUUCCCCUACCUCUCCCCCUGCGGCCGAGAGCACAACUUUGUGCGCUGCGACGACCGCCCCAUCGUCUUCACCCACCUGCUGCGGGGCCAGGCGGGCGAGGAGCUGCUCUCCUACUGCGGCGGCGGAGACAGGCUGGUGGUCGGCUUCGAGCCAGAGAAGCUGGUGAUGUUCCCUGAGAACGGGCGCGUCUAUCACCCGGCCUCGCAGAAAGCCGGCGGCGUGGGGCUGGUGAAAUCGUCCCUGGCCUUUGAGCUGAGUCCCUGCUUUGAGUACAGCCAGGGCGCCGGCGGGCCCCCCACCCACUUCCGCUGGCAGGGCAAGCGCUACACCCUCACCAACGAGCUGGUGCAGCUGAUGCGCUCAAACAGCAGCUCCUGAGCCGGGGCGUCGCCAGCGAGGCUGCCCGGCCCUGGGGACAGAGCAAGGACUGGCCCAGAGCUUGGCCAUCUGCAGCUGUGUUGGCUGCCUCGCAACAGCCUGAGGACAGCACCUCCCUGGCACUCACUGGAGCAGAUCGCACCCAGCCCCCUCUCUGCAGCCCACCCCCUGGCUGCCCAGCCAGAUGUAUGCCACUUGGGCCAAGCGACCCCGGGGUUGGCUGCUUGAAGGGCCUCCAUGGGCCUCUUCUCCAACAGGGGUGUGGGUGCCCUGUGCCCUCGAACCCCAUGGGCUGCACGUAAGGCUCUAGAUUGGACUGGGCGGCCAUGAGCUCCGAAAGCCACCUCCUAGUGGGAGCCGAAGGGAAGCCGGAAAAGCAGCAGCUCUUGUCCCCUCUGGUCCAAGAAGAUGGCCAAGCCCGAGGUGAACGGAGCCCCUGCUUGCUGAGCUGUGCUGGGAUUCUGUCCCUGGAGAGCAGAGCGGGGUGGAGCAGACCCGGAAUCCAUGUUCCUUCACCUGUGGCUCUACAAACCCCCCAGCCCAGGGCCCCUUUCCUCCCUUCGCCCCCUCCCCAUUUUAAGGAUCUGCAGAUUCGGUGUGGGCCCAGGGCCUGCUGCAUUGCUUGGUGCGUGCUCACUGUGUCUGCCCUUCACCGAGCGGUGAGCACUGUGGGGAAAGACCCCGCCGCUCAACCUGCUCCCCCACACCAAGCCAAGAACAAAUCUGCCCUGCCCCUCCUGCCUGUCCAUAGCAGGAGAGGCCGUGAGAGGCUGCUGGGAGUGGAAGGAGAGACUUGGCCAGAUUAGCCUCCGUGCCCCCAGCCAAGUGCCUGUGCCCCACGCCCCAUUGCUGUGCUCAUCGGUUUCUCGCCAUGCAGCCCGGGGUGCUUCAUGCUGGUAGAGAUCCCCGCCUAGGCAGGCUCCGCUGAGCUCCCGGGUGGAGGAGUGGGAUGGCUCGUGGGAGCCCAGCGGCGCUUGCAGGGAGGCUGCAGCGUGAUUAUCUCUGGCGUGCUCUGAACCGGGAUUAGUCUGGGGAACCAGGAGCUUAAACUGCCGUAAUAACCGUGUUUAAAAAGCUCUCUGCCGUUCCAUAACUGCGCUGCAGAUAACCCGCUUUCGGAGAGGGUCGUCGAUGGGUGCCUGGGGGAUGGAGAAUCUUUAGCCAGGCUCCCCGCAGCGAGAAGGGCAGGGUCUCCCCGGGACCUGCCCGCUGGGGCUCAGCCCCCCAAGCCCACUAGCCCCCUGUGGUAACUCCUGGGUUCCACUUGACCCCAUGGCCUGUCGGAUCCCCCUCCCCUACCUCUGGGGGCCAGGCUGCAGACUUGGGCCUCCCCCUGGGGCUGGUGGGGAUUGUGAUGCCCCUUGUCACGCUCUCCUGGCUUCCGCCCCAGCCCCUAGUACUGCCUGGAAACCAGAGACCGUUCGUGUCUGUCCAGCCAGGCUGACGGGAGGGCUCGAUGCGCUGCCCCCAGGGCCGCCAUUCCAGCCGCCUCCAAGUUGCUAAAUAAAUGCUGACUCGAUCCCACCCAGGUGCCUUUUAAUGGGCCCGAUCCUGCCCCCCCUCAAGGUGGCAAAAGUCCCAUCAGCCUUUGGGCUUUUGCUGAUCCCUGGCCCAGGGCGUUUCCUGUUUGGGGGCUUGGGAUCCCAGCACGCUGCCCACGUGCCGCUCACACCACGGAUCCAGGCUGCCUUACGGGUGUCGAUUGACACCAGCAGGCCGAGGCCUCGUGCCGGCCCGCCCCAGGGGUUUGAAACCACCCUCUGCUGCCCCAGCACAGAGCACGGUCGGGUGCCCUGCCAAAACCAAUCGCUGCGCGAGCUCGCUGAGCCGCUCAAACCUCCUCUUAAAAGGCUUUUUUCCCGGGGACUUAAUGCUCCUUGACAGCUUUCGAGCGGGACCCUAAACUUAGCCAGGCUGCGCUGCCCCUGGCAUCUGUUAGCAGCAGCCGGCCCAGCAAGCCCCUCUCAAUCCUCAGAGCCUAUUUUUAGACAGCCCGGAGGUUUUCGGGUUCUGUUACUGCUUGGCAGCAGCGAGGGGUCGGAGGGGCACUGCCCGGAGUUAGCACCAAUGGGGUGGGAAGCACCAGGACAGCAGGCUGGGAUCCGUGAGCACAAGGGGUGUGGGCUCCUUUCCAUGGGAUCGCAUAGGCGUCAUUGACCCCUUGGCUGCAGGCUGCCGGUUCUCUGCUGUGUGAACGUCACGAGUUGCCUCCCCUGGAAUUUUCACUCAUCCGCUGAUUGUAGGUGCCUCCGUUUUUGGUAUCCAGGUUGAGACCCCUCCAGCCUGCUCCUUUCGAGGGGCUGAGCCCAGUGGAUAGUGCGGGGUUCAGCACCUUUAAAAUGCCUCAAGUGGGCACCCAGCACCCGAGGCCCUUUGCUGCCGGCGCCUCCGUUUGCCCAGUUGUGGAAUUGGGCCAGUGCUGCCGACCUUUGUGAGAUGCCCUGAGAUCUCUUUGUGCAAAGCCCCGUGGGAGUCCUUGGGCGUGUCAUUGUUCCAAUGGGACGCUGUCCGCUGGGGGGACUCGGCCCUCGGCACCAGGACGGCAGCAGCCAAGUGGUUAAUGAGUCGCGUAUGUUCCCCUCUGGAGCAGGCCUCCCUCCGCGUGGGUGGAUGCGUUCAGCCUUCGGCAAAGCCUGUCCCUUGAGUUUGAUUCCUCUGAGUGGAAAAGCCCAAGUGAAGAGAGGACGGGGAGGGGGAGAGAAGUCACCCAGCAGAGUGCGUGGGGAGAAGCCAACCAGGCUGCAUUGGUGUGACCCACACAAGUCGGUCUGAAUGGGGCUGGAUAAACUGGCGUAUUGGACUCGAUUGCUGUGCAUGGGGUGUGCUGCAAACGGCUGCUCCGCUCGGCUGCCGUUUCCUCGACACACACACACACACACACACACACACGCGCGCGCGGCUGGGGGCUCUGAGUGGAACAGUUUGGGGUUUUUUCUGUGACAACAACUCAAUAAAUAAACGAUUGGCAG